UUUCGUUUCUCACAGCAGUCUGAAUAAGGUUUGGGUUAGAGACGUUUAUGUAGCCAGAACUGUGAGGAAUCUCUACAUCAAGGUGUUCCAAUGAGUCCUGGUGUCAGGUCUGUGUGUGGAUUUACCCUCCUGGUCUGGAUGAGUAUGGUUCAGUUUGAUUGUGGCUAUGGACAGUCAGGGAAAAGUGUGCUCCAGAGAGAGGCAGAGUAUAAUGUGAUGUACAAAGACACUGUUACAAGUAAAAAUCAGACCAUCUAUGCUUUCAACUGCAUAGUCUCCAACACUGAGACGCGGGCAGUCCGAGUGGCUGUGGAGGCGCUCUCACACAGGCCCAUUCAGUUUGUGCUCCGUCAGAAACACUCUGUCCUGUCCUUCCAAGUGCCUCUGAUUAUAAGAGACUCAAAUGAAAGGAUAUUCAAGUACCGUUCCAUGGAGAGGACGCUGUGUCCCCCUGACCCUCUGCAGGUCUCAGGGCAGGACUCUCUGUUUGUGGAUGUGUGGACUUCAGGGAGUGACAGCUCACAGUACCAGCUCAGGGUCAGCCAUGUGGACAACUUCACUCUGGAGACAGACAAGAAGUUCAACUUCAGAGCGUCUCCUACUCAGCCUCAGUUUUUCAAGUAUGAUUAUCCUGAGGGAGUGGACCGUGUUACUGUCAAAGUCACCUCUCAAACCAAGUUUCCCUGUGCCGUCCUGUCCAUUCAAGACAUACAGUGCCCUGUGUAUGACCUUGACAGUAAUGUGGACUUCCUUGGGAUGUAUCAGACUAUUACCACAUUGGGCGCCAUCACAGUUAAGCGUGCGGACUUCCACAAUGACAGUUUCUAUGUGGUGGUGGUGGUCAACCCUGAGGACGAAGCCUGUGGAGGUCUUCCAAACUCCUCCAUGACAGACACAUUUAGAGACACUACAGAACAAACCAAGAGCCUGGAAGUUGUAGUGUCUCCUUCUGUGACAUUUAAAGCAACAUCUAAAGAUGUAUUUCCACUUCUGAUGGGCAGCAUUCUGGUUUUUGUCAGCAUAACUCUGGCCUUUCUGGUCUGUCCUACAAGCAAACAAGAUGAAAGAAGAAGAGAGACUGAGCAUGAAGAAACAUAUAGGAGCCCCCAGCCUGAGCCUGAGCCUGAGCCUGAGCCUGAGCCUGAGCCUGAGCCUGAGAACAUGGAGCCUAUGAGAGAGUCUGAUGCGGCUCAGAAUGAUCAGGAGGUUCUGAAAGAUGAUGCUGUUUAUCUUUGGAACAUUGCCACUAUAGCUGCCUUCUAUGCUUUGCCUGUGAUUCAGCUGGUCUUAAUUUAUCAUACGAUUGCUGAUGUGACAGGAAACCAAGACAUCUGCUACUACAACUUCCUGUGCGCUCAUUCAGUGGGAGGUCUGAGCUCUUUCAACAAUAUCCUGAGUAAUGUGGGCUAUGUGCUGUUGGGUUUGGUCUUCCUCAUUACUGUGUUCAUCAAACAUUUGAAGCACAAGCGAGCUCUGGCCCACAACGAUACCAACGCUUUGGAGUUUGGUAUCCACAAAAGCUUUGGUCUGUUCUACGCCAUGGGCACAGCUCUGAUGACGGAGGGCUUGCUCAGCGCCUGUUACCACGUCUGUCCCAACGCCAACAACUUUCAGUUUGACACGUCCUUCAUGUACAUCAUCUCUGGGCUCUGCAUGUUUAAACUGUACCAGAACAGACACCCAAACAUCAACACCCGAGCCCACAGUGCGUGCGGCUGCCUCGGGGUGGUCGUCUACCUGUCUGUGCUCGGGGUUAAGGGAAACGGCAGCUUAUGGUUUUGGAUUUUUUUCACAAUCAUUCACAUUUUGUCGGUUCCUCUGACUGCACUGCUCUUUGUCUCAUGGGAAGAUUGGAAAAGACUGUUUAAAGACCGCAAGCUCUUUGAUCCACUGGCUUUAGGUCUCCUUGUGUUUGGGAUCAUCAACAUAAUUGUAGCUGUGACUGGAGCCAUUGUGAGACCAACUGAUUUUAGCUCAUACGUUUUGUUCAUCGCCAUCUGUAACCUGCUCAUAUAUCUCCUGUUUUACAUCUUCCUGAAGUGGUGGAAUAAAGAGAGGUUCACCCGGCUGGCCAUCUUCUGUAUCGUCUUCGCUGGGAUCGUUUGGGGGUUCGCGCUGCACUUUUUCCGCCAGCAUCGCAGCUCCUGGCAGAAAACUGCAGCAGAGUCUCGGGAACACAACAGUGACUGCAUGGUGUUGUCUUUCUUUGACACUCAUGACGUCUGGCACUUCCUGUCCGCCAUCGCCCUGUUUGGAUCUUUUCUGGUCCUGCUGACCAUUGACGACGGCCUUGACUCUGUCCGAAGAAAAGAUAUCAGGAUUUUCUGAAGUGACCUCAUUUGAAACAGUUUGCAGUGGUCCUAAGUUAUUCCUCACUUACCUUAUGCAUUCUGAGCAUCCUAAUUAUUCACCAACAACAACUAUCAUGCUAACUGCUUGCUUCUGGAUGAUCUGAUAUUAAAAGCAGACUUAUUUUGACAUAUAUCUGUACUGAGUCAAGACACAUUUUGCUCAAAUACAUCAGGUACAGGCUCUUUAAACAAUGCUGUGAACUAUUUGCCUGAUCACUGCCAUCUUGUUUUUUAAAGGUCCCAUAUUAUGCAAAAUUGACUUUAAGCUUUAAGCCAUGUUAUAAUGUUGUUACCUCCUUAAAAACAUAUCUGGAGUUGUGUUUUGUUUCAUUCACACGUUUGAAUAACCCUUUAGCAAGCUCAAAAUGCUCUGUUCCAGCUUGUGAUGUCAUCAAGUGGUAGUUUUCAAGUUUACAGCUAUUUUUACCUUUUGUUCAGCAGAGAUAGACAAUUCCAAGUGUGAAAUUAUCCAAAUUUUUCUAGUGAAGAGAAGUUGUAUGGACAUACCACAUGACAUCACAAGGUGGAGUAUUUUCGCUUUGAGAAAAGAACUAAGAGCCUAAAUAUGGAGGGUUUGUAUGUUAAACAUAUGUGAAUGAAACAAAACACAAGUCCAGGUCUGUUUGUGAUGAGGAAACAACAUUAGAACAUAGAUCUGAAAAUAGCAUCAUAUGAGCCUUUUAAAUAUUUACUCAACGCCUUAACUCAUUGUUUCCCAAAGACUGGGUUGUGACCCUCAGGUGGGUCGCAAGAGAUUUUUUUGGGGUUGCCUCAUAAGUGUGUAGCACUCUCCUCCUGCACCCCGGACUGGAACACGCUACAAAAACGUAGACAAGCCCAUCUAUCCCAUCCAUCUAUGUUAAGACAUGUUGUGUAUCAUUUCUAAUCUUUUUGUAAUUAUUUUAUUGACUAUUUUGCUCCAAUAAUGCUGAUUCAACUGAAUGUUUAAAAGAAAAAAAAAGGAAAGGAUUUAUGAAUGAUGUCGAUUGACUAGGGUCGCAAAGGUUUGUGACUUUAAAAAUAUGGGUCCCCAGAAAAAAAAGGUUUGGGAAACACUGCCUUAACUUGAUCAACAGCUAACCUGACUUAAAUGACACCAGCUCUAUUAUAGGAAACUCGCGCAUUUUUUCAUCACACAUGAAUUCAUAUUCUUAUUGCAAAUUUGCUGUAAUCACUGAGUAGUUACUGAAUAAAUGUCUCUUUUUCAGA